AUGGACGAAAAAUCUACCCCUAGGGAUAGUGAUAUCCCUGGCGGCUUUCCCGAGACACCCAGUCUCGCUCCGACCAGUGGCAGUCCCACGCCCAUGGGAUUUUUCGCUGAUGACCACCGAAACGUCUCCAACGCCCCAGCACAUAACUUGGAGUCGGGUCAGAGAUCCCAAUCUCAUGUUCAGACGACCUACUUCACAACAACCUCCACCGUUCGUGACGAUACUUCGUCCUCCACCGUCACCCUUUCUGGCAAUGGCGCCGCGGCAUUGGGCAGCCGUAAAGCUUCCCGGGGGGCAGACGACUUCUCGGAGAAGCAAGCCCCUCUUGAAGAUGAAUCGAUACCCUCCUCACCUUCUUCAAACGCCUUGUCCCCUACCGACAGCACUCAAUUUGCGCCUUUGAAGACCAAUGCGAGCAACACCAAAAGACCGAAUGCACACAGACAAGGCAGCAAUCUUACGGAAGAAGAUCUUUUCAGGGCCCUGUCGCGGCGCCGCACGAACGCAACAAACCAGUCUGACCCUGAGCAGGGAGAGGAGCAGCAAGAGGUCGAGCGUCUCAUGUCCCGGAUUUUUGGUCGGGCACGGCAAGAACAGAGUGAGGAGGAAAAGACGAGGCACAGCGGUGUUGUCUUCCGUGAUCUUACAGUUAAAGGUAUUGGCUUGGGAGCCAGUCUUCAACCCACGGUUGGAGACAUUUUUCUCGGUUUGCCGCGCAAGCUCAAGAUGCUCCUUACCCGCGGGCCCAAGGCUGCAUUCGCGAAGCCCCCGGUCCGUGAGCUCAUCAGUCACUUCGAUGGCUGUGUCCGACCUGGAGAACUUCUCCUUGUUUUGGGCCGCCCAGGGUCAGGUUGCAGUACGUUUUUAAAGACUUUUUGCAACCAGCGAGCGGGAUUCGAGGCCAUUGAGGGAGAAGUUACUUACGGAGGUGCCACUUCUGAUGAGAUGAGCAAGAAGUUCCGAGGAGAAAUCAUCUACAACCCAGAGGACGACCUACAUUACCCAACUCUUACCGUCAAGAGGACUCUCAACUUCGCGCUUCAGACACGGACUCCCGGCAAGGAGUCGAGACUCGACGGAGAAAGCAGAAAAGACUACAUCCAGGAAUUUAUGCGGGUGGCUACGAAGCUGUUCUGGAUUGAGCAUACACUUGGUACGAAAGUUGGCAACGAGUAUGUUCGAGGUGUGUCUGGUGGUGAAAGAAAACGUGUCAGCAUUGCUGAGGCCAUGAUCACUCGCGCCUCUGUUCAGGGAUGGGACAACUCCAGCAAGGGUCUCGAUGCCAGCACUGCCGUGGAGUACGUCCGAUCUAUUCGAGCCAUGACCAAUAUGGCGGAGACGUCGACAGCCGUAUCACUGUACCAAGCCGGCGAAUCCCUUUACGACCUAGUUGACAAGGUGUUGUUGAUCGACUCUGGAAAAUGUCUUUACUACGGCCCUUCCGAGGCAGCCAAGCAGUAUUUCAUCGAUCUUGGUUUCAAGUGUCCGGAUCGUUGGACAACAGCUGAUUUCCUUACUUCGGUUACGGAUGAGCAUGAGCGCCACAUACGUGAGGGGUGGGAGAACCGUAUACCACGUACUCCCGAGGAGUUUGAUACGGCUUACAGAAACAGCGAAGCUUAUCAGAGGAACCUUCGCGAUGUUGAAGACUUUGAGUCUCAUCUUGCUCAGCAGAUGGAGCAGCGCCGCCAGCACGAAUCCAAGAAAACGGAGACGAAAAACUACGAGAUUCCCUUCCACAAGCAGGUUGUUUACUGCACCAAGCGCCAGUUCAUGGUCAUGGCGGGCGAUCGAGCAUCUCUUUUUGGAAAAUGGGGUGGCUUGGUCUUCCAGGGUCUCAUCGUUGGCAGUUUGUUUUACAAUCUACCAAACACUGCCGCUGGCGCAUUUCCUCGUGGCGGAACCCUGUUCUUCCUCCUUCUUUUCAACGCCCUGCUGGCUCUUGCGGAACAGACUGCGGCGUUCGAGUCGAAACCCAUUCUGCUCAAGCACAAGUCCUUUUCUUUUUAUCGGCCCGCCGCUUUCGCCAUCGCCCAGACGGCAGUGGACGUGCCCCUGGUCUUUAUACAGGUCGUCCUCUUCAACGUCAUUAUAUACUGGAUGUCCAACCUAGCAAGGACCGCGUCUCAGUUCUUCAUCGCUACACUGAUUCUCUGGUUGGUUACCAUGGUGACUUACGCGUUCUUCCGCGCUAUUUCAGCUUGGUGCAAGACCUUAGAUGAUGCGACAAGAUUCACUGGAGUGUCUGUACAGAUUUUGAUUGUUUAUACUGGAUAUCUGAUUCCACCUAGUUCAAUGCGGCCCUGGUUUGGAUGGCUGCGGUGGAUCAACUGGAUUCAGUACGGUUUCGAGUGUCUCAUGUCCAAUGAGUUCUACGACCGUCAACUCGAAUGUGGUCCGCCUUACUUGGUUCCUCAAGGGCCUAAUGCUUCACCAGAAUACCAAGGUUGCGCCCUUGCCGGAAGUCCUCCGGGUCAGACGAUUGUGCCUGGUUCGAGCUAUAUCGAGGCCUCGUUCACGUACACUCGCUCUCACCUCUGGCGUAAUUUUGGCUUCCUCUGGGCUUUCCUCAUUUUCUUCGUCAUUCUGACCGCUUUGGGUAUGGAUCACAUGAAACCAAACACCGGAGGUGGUGCCAUCACAGUCUUCAAGCGCGGACAGGUCCCCAAGAAGGUGGAAAACAGCAUUGCUGCUGGUGGCCGAGAGAAGAAGAGCGACGAGGAGUCUGGCGCACUUAACAACGGUGCCGAGACUGUGACAGCUAAUAGUCCAGUCAACGAGAAGAACGACCAGGACACGAUGAAGCAAGUCGCUCGAAACGAAACCGUCUUCACAUUUCGAAAUGUCAAUUACGUCAUCCCAUACGAGAAGGGCGAACGCACUUUGUUAAAUGAUGUUCAAGGAUAUGUUCGACCAGGCAAGCUAACUGCCCUUAUGGGUGCCUCUGGUGCCGGAAAGACUACCUUGCUUAACGCCCUGGCUCAACGUCUCAAUUUUGGAAUCAUAACAGGUGAAUUCCUUGUUGAUGGCCGACCCCUCCCCAAGUCUUUCCAGAGAGCAACGGGCUUCGCUGAGCAGAUGGACAUCCACGAGCCCACAGCAACAGUCCGAGAGGCCCUCCAAUUCUCGGCUCUCCUUCGCCAACCUCGUGAGGUGUCAAAGAAAGAAAAGUUCGACUAUUGCGAGACCAUCAUUGACCUCCUUGAGAUGCGUGACAUUGCCGGAGCCACGAUCGGCAAGGUGGGCGAAGGCCUAAACGCAGAGCAGCGCAAGAGACUGACCAUUGGAGUGGAGUUGGCAUCGAAGCCUGAGCUCCUAAUGUUCUUGGAUGAGCCGACGUCGGGUCUCGAUUCCGGCGCCGCUUUCAAUAUUGUUCGUUUCCUCCGCAAGCUGGCAGACGCCGGUCAAGCCGUGCUUUGCACCAUCCAUCAGCCUUCUGCGGUCUUGUUCGAGGAUUUUGACGAGCUUUUGCUUCUCAAGGCAGGCGGACGAGUUGCGUACCACGGCCCCCUGGGGCACGACAGCCAGGAGCUUAUCCAAUACUUCGAAUCAAAUGGCGCCCACAAGUGCCCUCCAAACGGCAACCCUGCUGAAUACAUGCUUGAAGCUAUUGGAGCAGGCGACCCUAACUACAAGGGCAAGGAUUGGGGCGAUGUUUGGGCACAAUCCGAGCACAAGAAAGCUCGGUCCCGAGAAAUCGACAAAAUGUUGUCCGCCAGACGGGAUGUCGAGCCAUCAAAGAGCCUCAAGGACGAUCGCGAAUACGCCAUGCCAUUGACCACUCAGACCAUGGCAGUUGUCAAGCGAUCAUUCAUCGCCUACUGGCGUACGCCCAACUACGUUGUCGGAAAGUUCAUGUUGCAUAUCCUCACUGGCUUGUUUAACUGUUUUACUUUCUACAAGAUCGGCUAUGCGUCCAUCGACUAUCAGAACCGGCUAUUUUCCAUCUUUAUGACUCUCACCAUCAGCCCCCCCCUCAUUCAGCAACUCCAGCCCGUGUUUCUACACUCACGGCAGAUCUUCCAAUCGCGCGAGAACAACGCCAAAAUAUACAGCUGGUUCGCCUGGACUACGGCAGCUGUGCUUGUUGAGAUUCCAUACGCCAUCAUUGCCGGAGCCGUUUACUUCAACUGCUGGUGGUGGGGUGUUUUCGGAUGGCGCCUUCCCAGCUUCAACUCCGGCUUCGCGUUCCUCCUCGUCAUUCUUUUCGAGCUGUACUACGUCAGUUUCGGCCAAGGAAUUGCGGCAUUUGCCCCCAACGAGCUUCUUGCUUCCUUACUGGUACCCAUCUUCUUCCUCUUCGUCGUCAGUUUUUGUGGUGUAGUUGUACCGCCCAUGCAGCUUCCGACGUUCUGGCGAGAUUGGAUGUACUGGCUCACACCCUUCCAUUACCUACUCGAGGCAUUCCUUGGCGUUGCCAUCCACAACCAGCCCGUUCAGUGUGAAGCUGGGGAGUUUGCCAGGUACCAGCCGCCUCCGAACCAGUCUUGCGAGGAUUACACUCAGCCGUACAUCCAGCAAGCUGGUGGGUACGUCCAGACCGGAGACGGUGGCAUGUGCGAGUUCUGCCAAUAUGCGACCGGCGACGAGUUCGGUGCGGGAUUCAGUGUCUACUAUAGUAACAUCUGGCGUGAUUUCGGCAUUUUCUGCGCGUUCAUUGUUUUCAACUACUUCGUUGUUUAUCUUGGAACCUGGCUGAGGUUCAAGGGCAAGAACCCGUUCAAAAAGAUCAUGAUGAAGAAGAAGGGUGGCAGUGAAUAG